CAGUGUCUUGCAGUGCUGCUGGCGUACCUUGAGUAUCUUCCACUCGGGCUAGCAUUGCCACUGAUGCUCUUGGUGCAGUUCCUGGGGCUUCUGAGUGUCCUCUCCUGCCAGGCUAGGACCAGAGGAACGUGGUAGGCCUGGUUACUGGCUGAAGAUGCACAGUUUUUCCUGCUGGCUGGAUUUCCUGCUUGUUACCUCCACCCUAGCACACCUGGGAGAAGCUCACUAGCCCCAAACAAACAGCUGCUUUUAUUCUGGCCAGUUGUACUGGUGUCUGGAAACAGCCCAGGCUCCAAGGUGCCUUGGUAUGGGAGAAAUGCUGGGAGACUGUUAGACAGGGGCUCUAGAUUGUCCCUGCAAAGGCAGUCCCACUGCCACAGCUCCCUGGACACUCCCAGGGUGUUUUACAAUGGAACUCCUAUCCCUGAGGGCAUUAACCCAGCAGUCCCAGGCUGUGACUUUUGUUUGGUACAGGGUGAGCUGAGCUGUCAGCAACAUGGCCAGUACUUCUUCAUCUCACAGAACUAUCUCACAGGACCAGGUACUUCUCAGCCAGUUGGGAUGGAAAUUCACCUUAUUUCCAGCCACUUGGUCCUGAGGAGAGGAUCCAGUCUCACGUUGCAUCUUAGAAGCAGGUUGUGUUUUGCAUAUAUAUAUCUAAUAGCCAGCCCUCCUGUGUCUUCCAGGAAAGCUAUUGCCAAAUCCAGUCUCCAGCACAUGGUAGCCCAGCCAAACCCGGCACUAGCCAUGAAGAGCGACUCGGAGAGGCAGAUACGCAGCACUGUGGAUUGGAGCGAGGCUGCGGUUUAUGGGGAGCACAUCUGGUUUGAGACCAAUGUCUCUGGGGACUUCUGCUACGUUGGGGAACAGAACUGCAUGGCAAAGCUUCUGCAAAAGCCUCUCUCCAGGCGUAAAUGUGCAGCCUGCAAGAUUGUAGUGCAUACACCCUGCAUUGAACAGCUGGAGAAAAUAAAUUUCCGCUGCAAACCUUCCUUCAGGGAGUCAGGAUCUCGGAACAUACGCGAGCCCAUUGUUGUCCGACAUCACUGGGUGCACCGGAGGCGGCAGGAAGGGAAAUGCCGGCAGUGUGGCAAGGGUUUUCAGCAGAAGUUUGCCUUCCACAGCAAAGAGAUUGUAGCCAUCAGCUGUUCAUGGUGCAAACAAGCGUAUCACAGCAAAGUAUCAUGUUUCAUGCUGCAACACAUUGAGGAGCCCUGCUCACUGGGGGCUCACGCUGCUGUUGUCGUUCCUCCCACCUGGAUUCUGCGUGUCCGGCGGCCCCAGAAUCCUUUGAAAUCUAGUAAAAAGAAGAAGAGGACAUCAUUCAAGCGGAAAUCUAGCAAAAAGGGGGCCGAGGAAGGAAGGUGGAAACCCUUUGUCAUCAAGCCCAUGCCAGCUCCUCUCAUGAAGCCCUUGCUGGUGUUUGUGAACCCCAAGAGCGGUGGGAAUCAGGGAGCCAAGAUUAUCCAAUCCUUCAUGUGGUAUCUCAACCCACGGCAAGUUUUCGACCUCAGCCAGGGUGGACCCAAGGAGGCGCUGGAGCUGUACCGCAAAGUCCACAACCUCCGGAUCCUGGCGUGCGGGGGAGACGGCACGGUGGGCUGGAUACUCUCCAUUCUGGACCAGUUACGCAUCAACCCACCUCCUCCUGUGGCCAUCCUACCUUUGGGGACAGGGAAUGACUUGGCCAGAACACUGAACUGGGGUGGGGGUUACACGGAUGAGCCUGUGUCCAAGAUCCUAUCGCACGUAGAGGAUGGGAACAUAGUGCAGCUUGAUCGUUGGAACCUCCAUGUGGAGCCAAACCCUGACACAAACCCCGAGGAAAAGGAUGAGGCAGCUGCUGACAAGCUGCCUUUGGAUGUCUUUAAUAACUACUUCAGCCUUGGCUUUGAUGCACGGGUGACGCUGGAGUUCCACGAAUCCCGAGAGGCCAACCCAGAGAAGUUCAACAGCCGGUUUCGGAAUAAAAUGUUCUAUGCUGGGACGGCCUUCUCCGACUUCCUCACCGGGAGCUCCAAAGACUUGGCGAAGCAUGUCAGGCUGGUUUGUGAUGGGACAGACCUGACCUCCAAGAUUCAGGACCUCAAGCCCCAGUGCCUGGUCUUCCUUAACAUCCCAAGGUACUGUGCAGGCACCAUGCCCUGGGGCAACCCUGGGGAACACCAUGACUUCGAGCCCCAGCGCCAUGAUGAUGGCUGCAUUGAAGUUAUCGGCUUCACCAUGACGUCACUGGCUGCCUUGCAAGUCGGUGGCCAUGGGGAGCGGCUCUGCCAGUGCCGGCAGGUGGUUCUCACCACAUCCAAGGCGAUCCCCAUGCAGGUAGAUGGAGAGCCCUGCAAGCUGGCUGCUUCCUGCAUCCACAUCUCUCUGCGCAACCAAGCCAACAUGGUGCAGAAGACCAAGCGGCGCAACUCCAUGCCUCUGCUCAAUGACCAGCAGCCAGUGCCCGAGCGGCUGCGGAUCCGGGUGAGCCGAAUCAGCAUGCGCGACUAUGAGGCACUGAACUAUGACAAGGAAAAGCUCAAGGAAGCCUCUGUGCCACUGGGAAUCAUCGUGGUUCCAGGAGACAGUGACCUGGAGUUGUGCCGGACCCAGAUUGAGAAGCUGCAGGAGGAGGGAGAUGGAGCCAAGCCGAAGACACUGUCAUUCCAGAAGCUGUCACCCAAGUGGUGCUUCCUGGACUCAACCACAGCCGAUCGGUUCUACAGGAUAGACCGUGCACAGGAACAUCUCAAUUAUGUGACAGAGAUCUCUCAGGAUGAGCUCUAUGUGCUGGACCCAGAGCUAGUGGUCACUCAGACUGUGAGCACUUCUCCUGCCAUGCCUGACCUCGUGGACUCAUCUGCCACACCCCCUGGGCACCAUUUUGCAUUUCCCUCCUCUUCAUCCUCUCCACCCUCCUCUCCUGCCCCCAGCACUGAGCCUGAGCGCUGCCUCCCGCAUAAAGACGACCUUCUGAUAGAAGCUGCCAAGAGUGGCAACUUCAGCAAGUUCCAAGAGCUGCACCGAGCUGGAAGAGACCUGAUGGUGCGAGACUCCUCUGGCCAGACCGUCCUCCACCAUGCUGUCAAAUCAGGAAGCAAGGACAUCGUCAAAUACAUCAUUGAGAAUGCUCCUUCAGAAAUCCUUGAUGCCACAGAGGAGGAGAAGGAGACACCCCGAAGCACCGUGCUGAGAGAGCCAAUGACCCCGAUUUAGCUGCCUACCUCGAGAACCGACAGCACUACCAGAUGAUCCAGCGGGAGGACCAGGAGACAGCUGUGUAGUGCUUGGCGUGCCUUAGCCCAAGCCAGCUCAUGCAGGAUGAGAAGAGGACAAUGCCAAGUGGCAGAGCUGUAUCUGUCCCAACCCUCCCCAGAUGCCAACCUGGUCCCUGGAGAUGGAUACAGAAGAGCUCUGCCCCAGGCUGGGCUGGGACUCUGUUUAUGAGGACAACGGAUAUUUCAGACUUGAAGCCUGGUUCUUUGUGUGUCCACCCCUUCACCUCUCAUUCACCACAUUCCCUGCCCUAGGUGGGCUCUAACCCCCAGCGAGGCUGGGGAAGCAGGCCAGGCUGAAGCCCCCAGUCACCCUUGUUCAUGGCAGUAAUGCCAGUGCCCCCUCCACAGGCUUCUACCUAUGAUCCUUGUGGGAUAUCAUUGCUCAGCCCCUCUCUGUGCUGGCAGUGCCCCUCUUUUAGGUGCUUGGCUAGGUUUGUGUCCUGUUCCUCCUCUCCUGUCUGGCACAGCUGUGGGAGGCACAGGCUGUAUUGACAGACUGCGGAGGCUGUGAGCUGCAGACUUUGCCCCAAAGGAAGCACCAAAACUUACUGGCCUUGCCUUCUCCUCCCUCCUGGGACUGCACCAGGUCUCUGUGUUGCCCUCCUCAGAGCCUUCUGAAGCGGGAAGGAAGUCACUUGUGCAUCCAGCCUUUCCUCAGAGCAUCUGGGACUGGUGCAGCUGGAAGUAGGGCAGCAGGUGCCCUCCUGAUGGGCCUUUAGUGCUCAGUCAGCAGUCUGACUUGGGGCUGGGAUGGCAUGGAGGAAGGCUACCAAACCCUCCCACCACACUUCUCCCCACAGUGCUGGAUGGAACAAUUUGCACACCCACUCUGCUGAGCAUCUCUUUGUGAGCCCGCUGCGGGAUGGUGGAGAGCUGCACUCAGCUGGGGCAGUGGCAGCAGUGACACCUGUUAUAUUCCAAAUGCUGACUUGGAUACAGCUACCCUCCCUGCUUCAGUUUCCCCCUCAAUGCUAGACUUUGCGUGGGGCUGGACGGGCAGUACUGGGGUCAGUGCUGCUCUCAGGGAUCUCCUCCUGCCCCCCAACCUAGCAAUGUGUAUCCUUUUAGUCUGACUCCUGCUAUUCCCCAAACUGAGCACAGGGUAAACUUGAGAGCUCACCCAGCUGAGACACAACCCACCUGGGCAGACCAUGAGCUCACCCUCUCCAGUUUUAUUAGAAAGAAGGAUUGAGAUUCACAGUAACCAUCAGGGCUCCUAGCCCUAGAUCAUUCCUGGAAUGGAUGAAUUUCACCAACUGCCUGCUAUGGGGCAUGAAGCACCACAAUCCAUCUCCCCUGUUGAUGCUGUGAGCACUUAAUGCCAAGACAUCAAGCCAGGCCUUCAGCAAGGCUUUUAGAGAACUGAAUCUCUGAGACUUGGAGGUGCCCACAGAGGAGGAAAGCUGAUGGCUCUGAGCCUAGCAGACCUGCUUGGCACUUUGGGGUGGGUAGUGGUUGUGAAGGGGGUUGCUGUUCGCAGCUUGGCCCCAGGAGAGGAUACUGCUGCUGCCGUGUGUGGUCUGUGCAGUCCCUCUGCACUCACACACAGCUGUGCCCCCUGGGUACUGCUGGAUGGCACCAUUGGAAUCCCUCCUACUACCGAGAAAACGGUAUGAGGAUGCUGUAGGGAACCAGAAUACCCUUCAGACUUUUUGUUCAGGGGCGGGGUUUCCUUGAAGGAUGGGGGAUGCUGUACUGGGGAACAGAGGCACAGGGCAGUGCAGGGUGCCCAGGGGCCAGUGGCAGUAUUGGAAAAUAAUAAUGAUCGUAUACUAAUGCUACAGCUGGGACAUUCCAGAAGUGCCUGGUGUUCUCAUCAGCACUGCUGGCAGGCCACUGACAGGCAAGGCACUGUCAUCUUCUCAGAGGUCCACACCACUGCUGCUCCAGACGGGAUGCCCAUCUUAGCCCAGAGGCAUUUAGAGCCUCAGCUUUCCCCUUCCUUCCUUAUAGUUUUUGUACAGGUAGUUGAGAGACACACUGUCCCCCUCCCUUCCUGGCCCCUCCGUGCACCUGUGAGCUGAGUUGCUGUGCAAUUCCAAGCCUGCUUAUAUUUGGUGAAGAAGGAGGGGGUGUUGGUUGCCCUGCCCCCCUGAGGGCAGGGGUUCUGUGCAAUACCUGGGUCUGUGUUUCUUAGACGCUGUUGUAGGACUGUAUUUUUGUAACUAUGUGAGGGUGCUGGCUCCAGCCGGCCCAGGGCCUGGCACGAGCCUGUGUUCCCGUUGCUUUUCAACUUUGACUGUUUGGAUGUUGUUGUUUCUUGCCAUUGAAAUAAAGAGAUUGAUGUUUUA